UUCCAUGCCUGGAACGAGGAUCACGCUCGCCAGGAACAGCCGGCAGACGGUAAGAUCGGCAGUAGUUCUCGAUCUGGAUGCCAGCAAUCCAGAAGAAUCGAUCAGAUCGAUCCUCGCGGCCGCCGAGAAGAAGCUCCGCAUCAAGAAACCCCAGCGCCUCUUCCUCGCUGCCGAUGGCACAGAGAUCGGGCCAGCGACGCUGUCCAGGGUCGCAAACGACGCGGUUGUGCUCGUAUCGGCAGGGGAGGGAUUCGUCGGUGGAGGAAAUCUUUCCUCCAAGGAUGGUGAUCAAGCUCCAGCGGCCGCAGUCUCAGUGGUCCACUCCUCGGAGAGAUUUCUCGAGGAUUUCGUGGAGCGGCUAGCAAUCGAUCAGCUAGAACAGGUCGCGAGGCUUCCGGGAGUGGUCAAGGCGGUGGGAAUGCCCGACUUGCAUCCAUCGGAUCACUAUCCCAUUGGGGCGGCCAUCGAGUCGGAGGAAUGCAUCUAUCCAGUGCUCAUCGGUGGCGACGUUGGCUGUGGCAUGGCCUUGUUCCAGACCACUCUCUCCAGCUCCACUCGUCCAAAGAGAAUUUGCGACAAGCUCCAGGGGAUCGAGGGACGCUGGAAGGAUGGAAGCCUCUCGGAGUGGCUAGCCAAGAACGGUAUCUCCGCGAGCUCCAGCACUCCUUUCGACGAGAGCCUGGGAACUAUAGGUGGUGGCAAUCACUUUGCCGAGAUCCAGCAAGUGGAACGAGUUGAGGAUCCGGUGAGCUUCUCGGCGCUGGGAUUGCACGAAGACAAGCUUGUACUGCUCGUUCACAGCGGCUCCCGGGGACUUGGAAAGCACAUCGCUCACUCGCAGCCCGUCCAGCUCCGCGAGAACACGCCAGAGUUUGAUGCGUACAUGCAGCAGCACAACUACGCUUGCAACUGGGCUCGAACCAACAGGGACUUGAUCGCUCACCGGAUCAUGACGUGCUUGAGCAGCGAUCCCGACGCUAGCGCGAGCAAGGUGCUGGAUAUCUGGCACAACAACGUGACCAACAAGGAGAUAGAUUCGAGAUCGGUGUGGCUGCACAGGAAAGGGGCUGCGCCGAGUGAUCAAGGGGCAGUGGUCAUUCCGGGGUCGAGGGGAUCGUUCUCCUACUUGGUGAUGCCGGUUGGCGACCAGCGAGAGAACUCUUUCUCGCUCGCUCACGGUGCCGGGCGGAGCUUGACGAGGGGAGUGGCGCUGACCAGGAUGAAGAACAAGGCCUCGACCGUGAACGCUGCUGCCGCGGCGCUCCAGGAGACGCGAUUGGGAGGCCGGGUGAUUUGCGAGGAUGUGAACUUGCUCUUCGAGGAGGCCCCGGAAGCGUACAAGGAUGUGGAUGCUGUUGUGGGAGAGCUCGUUGGCUGCGGGAUCAUCAAAGUCGUGGCUGUUUACCGUCCGGUGGUAACUUACAAGAAGAGAAGCGAGUAGAACAAAGCUCAAUUGAAACUUCUGUGGCUUCUCGAUCUCUAGCACGGUCGAUGAUCUUGGUGAUUUCUCUACGUUCUUUCACCGGUUCUAUCCUUUGGAGGUAAACAUGAUCCGGCCCUGACAAAAGGAUAAAAACACAAGAUCACGGAGUAUCCACGAUGAGAAGAAAGUAGAAAAGUAAAUGUAAGAAAACCCAGUCACAGUCACAUGCAUGAGAAGAUUGAUCUGUGAAGAACUGUUCGUUUUUCCAAGCCUCACAUAAUAUAUCACACGUCCAGUCGACAA